CACUGUGGCCGCCCGAGGCGGCGCAAGCGUUAAUGUUUGCUAGUGUCAGUCUAUGGAGUCAGUUGGUGGCGGCGGCGAGGAGGUGGGAGGCGGUGACCGAGUAGGGGCCUUUGCCCCGCCAGGAUGUUACCGGGCUUGGCCGCCGCCGCUGCGGCCCACAGAUGUAGCUGGUCCUCCCUGUGCCGGCUUCGUCUGCGCUGCAGGGCGGCGGCCCGCGUCUUCAGCGAGCGCCAGGAAUGGCAGAAUUUAGCGACAUUUGGAAACGUUUCAAACAUGGUUCCCUGUAGUCACCCAUGCUUUUGUACACUGAAUCAAGUAAAGCUGUACUCUACAAAUGUUCAGAAAGAAGGACAGGGAUCACAAACUCUCAGAGUAAAAAAAGUACCAUCGUUUGAUGAAGCAGCAGAAAAUAUAGGUGCGGAACUCAAAGCGCCACUUAUGAAACAAGAACCUCUCCAAGUAAGAGUCAAAGCAGUCCUUAAGAAGAGGGAAUAUGGACCAAAGUACACUCAGAAUAAUUUUAUCACUGGAGUCAGAGCAAUAAAUGAGUUCUGCCUUAAAUCCAGUGAUCUAGAACAACUUCGAAAAAUCAGACGACGAAGUCCCCAUGAAGAUACUGAGUCCUUUACUGUAUACUUGAGAUCAGAUGUGGAGGCGAAAUCUUUGGAAGUGUGGGGAAGUCCUGAAGCUCUGGCCAGAGAGAAAAAACUGCGCAAAGAAGCAGAAAUAGAAUACAGAGAAAGGUUAUUUAGAAACCAAAAAAUAUUAAGAGAAUAUAGAGAUUUCCUGGGAAACACCAAGCCACGUUCCAGAAUGACAUCAGUUUUUUUUAAGGGGCCAGGAAAAGUGGUGAUGGUUGCCAUUUGCAUCAAUGGAUUAAAUUGCUGCUUUAAAUUUCUUGCUUGGAUUUAUACGGGUUCAGCAAGUAUGUUCUCCGAAGCUGUACACUCUUUAUCUGAUACUUGUAAUCAGGGUUUACUAGCAGUGGGCAUCAGUAAGUCUAUUCAAACACCAGAUCCUACUCAUCCGUAUGGAUUUUCAAAUAUGCGCUAUAUUGCUUCACUAAUUAGUGGUGUUGGUAUUUUCAUGAUGGGUGCAGGAUUAUCUUGGUACCAUGGAAUCAUGGGAUUGCUUAAUCCUCAACCAAUGGAAUCCCUUCUCUGGGCAUAUUGUAUUUUAGCAGGAUCACUGGUAUCUGAAGGAGCAACACUUCUUGUUGCUGUAAAUGAACUUCGUAGGAGUGCUCGGGCCAAAGGAAUAUCAUUUUACAAGUAUGUAAUGGAAAGUCGUGAUCCUAGUACAAAUGUUAUAUUAUUGGAGGAUACUGCGGCAGUCUUGGGAGUGAUAAUAGCAGCCACUUGUAUGGGCCUUACUUCUAUAACAGGCAAUCCACUGUAUGACAGCCUGGGAUCUUUGGGUGUGGGAACCUUAUUAGGUGUGGUCUCAGCAUUCCUCAUCUACACUAAUACAGAAGCACUCUUAGGGCGAUCCAUCCAGCCAGAACAAGUACAACGGCUUACUGAACUCCUGGAGAAUGACCCAUCAGUAAGGGCAAUUCAUGAUGUUAAAGCCACAGAUUUGGGAUUAGGUAAAGUAAGAUUUAAGGCAGAAGUGGAUUUUGAUGGACGAGUUGUUACAAGAUCGUAUUUGGAAAAACAAGAUUUUGACCAAAUGCUGCAAGAAAUUCAAGAAGUGAAAACUUCUGAAGAACUAGAGACCUUUAUGCUUAAACAUGGAGAAAAUAUUAUUGAUACUUUAGGAGCUGAAGUAGAUAGACUUGAGAAGGAACUGAAAAAACGAAAUCCGGAAGUUCGACAUGUAGAUUUGGAGAUAUUGUAGGUUUGGUGGAAUGAAUCACCUUGGAGGGAGCUUUGGAAACAAGUUCGUCAAGCCUACUCUCUCCCACACUGAAGGAGUCAACGCCAUUCAGAAGCCUCUACCCUACCCUACCCCCUCCUUUUUUUUUUUUUUUGAGAUGGAGGAAAUAUUUUAUAGGCAAUGCAGCAGUCCACAGAACUAAAACUACUACAUCUGAGAGACAUAUUACAAGUUGAAUUAAUUUGGAAAUCAUGUUUUUAUGUUUUAGUGGGAACCAUUUUAGUUUCUUAAAUUGAUCAUAAUUUUUCAUUUUAGCCUGUCAGGGUAUAUUGUACCUUGCAAUCAUGUUUCCUUUCUUCACAUUGUAAAAAUAAGCAGCAUCCAUAGGAUUAUGAUUCUUUAUUUUGUUUCCACUGAAGAUUUCACUCCAUCAGAACCUACCAAUCUUGAACAUGCUGGCUAAAUCUUGGUUUAUAGUUUUUAAUAGUCACUUCGUUUCAAAGUCUGUCUCCUUACAGAAUGUGGAAAAUAUUUCUGCAUACCUUGUAAUUUUGCCCUGAGCACUAAGAACACUUUCCUAACCUGGUUAUCCAUAAAUGUUCAUUCCAGAAUUGGCUUAGUUACUGAAUUGAAGGAAGGCAUUUCAGUACACUCAUUUAGAUCAUAGGAGUUGCCAUUUUAUAAAAUUUCUUCUCUCUCCUUUGCUUUUUCUCCUUGUUUAAUUUUUCUAAUGGUAAAAUAACCCUAGAUAUUUCCAUGGGCCAGUAUAAUGACUGGCUUUUUGUUUUUGUUUUUUAACUGGCUUCAUUGCCAUGUGUAUUUACUAGGAAAUAAUGCAUUUAUAAGUACUGUGACAUUCUGUAAAGUGGACUAGGAAUAUUUAUAAUUUUACACACAAGACAACAUUUUAUUUUUAAUUUAUUUAAAAAGAGGCACUACUUAUGUAAAUCUGAACUUUGGGAUAGUUCUUGCUUUAAGAGAAAGAAAAGUAAAUCUCUUACGCAGAAGCUUGUGGCCGUGACUUUAUAUGGUAUCAUAGUCAGUAGUGUAUCUAAAACCAGUUUUAUUCAGUUAGCAGUGGGCAUUUAGCAUAAUAUAUGGCUAUAACAUGUAAGUAGUUUUCUAAUGAUCAUAGGGGGAAAAACAUGCAAUUCGGUAAUUGAAAAUUUAGUACAAAACUGCAGUUCUGUCUCCAUUCAUCAAAACAAAUCAUAUGUACUUUGAAUUGUUCAGGUAGCAGUUAGCAUUGUCUGCAAAGAGUGGAAGCUGAGUGAUCUCUUUGCUGGAUAAUUAAGUGCUUGACAUAAGGACGUGUGUGAGGUCAGUGUCUAAAAACUUACUGAGAUUGAAGUUUAUGAAUUACAGCAAAUUGUAAUGCUGGAACCAAAAAUUAACAUUUGGUUAAAGGGUUUGUAAUGGUAAUUUUUGAUCUAGAAAUGUCAUUUGCAGGAAAAUUGUGAAAAUUUACAUUGGAGUAUGUCUUUUUUUACCAUUACAGAGCAUUUUGCAUGCUGUAUGUUUUAAGCGAAAUAACAUUCCAGUUUUCUUUUUUAAGAUAUAAAUUGUUUUAUAUAUAUAUGUGUGUGUGUGUGUGUGUGUGUGUGUGUGUGUGUAUAAUUUGAUUCUUAUACAAGGUUUCAAAUUCUUCACUUCUUUUUCUGAAACUUUUUUACCCAUUAUUAUUCACUCUGUACUUCCUAUGUUCUUCCUCCCUUCCUUUUCCCACCUGCCAUUUGUUAUUCCACGUCACAGCUAUAUGGGAAGGUACCAAAUUAUAUCUAGUUCCCUCUUAUUAAAAUUACUUGAAAAAUUU